GCUAUGACAACCAAUCCAAAAGUUGUUUGUAAAAAUUCGUUUUAUUUCCACCUGCCGCCGCAUGUCUGACAGCCUGUAAACUGACGUAAGGAUAGACCAGGAAAAUGGACAAACCCCAACUGAUCGAGCACAUCCACGAACCGGUUAACUACACGGUGUACGACACCAAGUGGUUGCCGCUCUCGGCCAAGUUUGUGGUGUUGGGGUCCAAAGCCAACAGCCACGGGAUUCUAGACAUCUACGAGCUUAACGAGGACAAGGUGGUUAAGAUCAAGUCCGUGGAGAAAAAGGUGGCCUUCAAGUGCGGGACAUUCGGAGGCUCUUCACUGCGUAACCGCCACAUGGCCAUCGGUGACUUCGAGGGAAGGCUGCAAGUUCUAGACCUGGAGCAGCCAGAUCUUCCGGUUUACAAUGUGAAAGCUCACAAUGGCAUUAUAAACACCAUCGACGCUAUAGGAGGCACACAGAUAGACUGCGGUGCUCCGGAGAUCGUCACGGGAAGUAGGGAUGGUGCCGUCAAAGUCUGGGACAUCCGACAGGGUCAGGCACCUGUGGUGGACAUGUCGCCUCCGCCACAAAUGGGUGAUGGGCCCAACAAUACCGGCUCCCGUCGCGAUUGCUGGGCUGUGGCCUUUGGAAACACCUACAAUUCCGAGGAGCGGAUUGUGGCUGCCGGGUACGACAAUGGAGACCUGAAGCUCUUCGACUUGAGGUCCCUAUCGGUACGUUGGGAGGCCACUAUGAAGAACGGAAUCUGCGGCCUGGAGUUCGAUCGACGAGACAUUCCCAUGAACAAGCUAGCGGUUACCACUUUGGAAGGGGGUCUCCUCGUCUACGAUAUGCGCACCCAACACCCCACAAAGGGCUUCAGCUACGUUGAGGAGCGAAACGCAGGACGGAGCGUGGGCACUAAUGGCGUGAUCAGUGGCCCUAAGGCUACUGUUUGGGUGGUGCGCCAUCUGCCUCAGAACAGGGAUCUCUUCCUCACCGGUGGCGGAACUGGCUCGAUUCGCUUGUGGAAUUAUGAGUAUCCCGAUAGAAGGGCCAUCGAUGACUCCGAUGGCAACAAGAUUGGAGUAGGUGGCAUUAUGCACAUGGUCAGUGCCGCCACGUUGAGUACCCAACCCGUCCACUGCUUCGACUGGCAUCCGGAUAAACUUGGCCUGGCUGUCUGCGGUGCCUUUGAUCAGAAUGUCCGUGUGCUGAUCACCACCAAGCUAAACACAUAUUAGGAAAUAGAAA